AUGCACACAUUUGAAUGUGCCACUGGUAUGCAAAUCACCGUCUCUGACAUCAAUGUGACUGAUGUGAAUGGGAAACCGAUGUACCCGAUGGACCCAAAGCAAACGAUGGUUCUCGACUUGAUCUCCUACAAUCACGGAGAGCAGAUCACUGACAAUAAAGUCGACGUCGGCAUUUACUCGUACUCGAAAUCGUGGGCCACAAACACUUGCAACUGGACGGCUAUUCCAACACUCGGAUUGCUCAACAACAUUGAUGGAUGCGAUUUCGCGAAGAAUUGUCCGCUAGCCUCGGGUCCACUUCAGUUGAAAAUCCCGCUUGAUCUCUCGCAGUUCUCUUCAAUCAUCAACAUGUUGGCCGCAAACCGACCCUAUCAACUUAACAUCGCGAUGAAAAACUACAACGAGGGAAACAAACAACACGAGCAAAUCGCUUGCGUCGUCGCACAGAUUCAUCUCAUU